AUGGGUGGCGGUGUUCGUGUACCACAUUGAUGUUGUAACUUUCGUGAUCGACGGAGGGUCACACAUGAGCGCCGAGUUUAGUUAAGGUUAUUUUGUUCAUCUUAAACACGUAGAAGUCACCGGUUAACUUCGACAAUAUGCUUCGAACACUCUGCCGGACCGGCGGUGCCCUGUUAAAGCAUUCACAGGGGACGAUCCCACGGUUAACACAGCUGUCACAGGGAACGACCCCGCGGCUAUGGGUGACACCAGCCCAGCAGCGAUGGGCAUCCAGUUUACCCAUGAACACCGUGGUACUAUUUGUGCCCCAACAAGAAGCCUGGGUAGUUGAGAGGAUGGGACGAUUUCAUCGGAUCUUAGUACCGGGUUUGAACUUUCUCAUCCCGUUUCUGGACAAAAUACGUUACGUGCAGAGUCUAAAGGAGAUUGUUAUUGAUGUACCGGAGCAAUCUGCUGUCUCUCUUGAUAAUGUGACCCUACAGAUAGAUGGCGUCCUCUAUCUCAGGAUACUGGAUCCAUUCAAGGCCAGCUACGGAGUAGAAGACCCAGAAUAUGCCGUCACACAGCUGGCACAGACAACCAUGCGCUCUGAGCUGGGGAAGCUAACCCUGGACAAAGUGUUCAGGGAAAGAGAGUGCCUGAAUUCCAACAUUGUUCACUCGAUCAACCAGGCGUCCGACGACUGGGGGAUCCGCUGCCUUCGCUACGAGAUCAAGGACAUUCACGUCCCACCGCGGGUCAAGGAGUCCAUGCAGAUGCAGGUGGAGGCGGAGCGGAAGAAAAGAGCCACGGUGUUGGAGUCGGAGGGCACGAGGGAGUCGGCCAUCAACGUAGCCGAGGGCCACAAGCAGGCUCAGAUCCUGGCCUCCGAGGGCCAGAGGGAGGAGCAGAUCAACAGAGCCUUCGGUGAGGCUAAUGCAGUCCUAGCCAAAGCAGAGGCUAAAGCGAAGGCCAUCCGCCUGUUGUCACUGGCUCUGACUGAACAGAACGGGAAUGCAGCGGCUUCCCUGAGCGUGGCUGAACAGUACGUGUCGGCCUUCUCCAACCUGGCCAAAGAGUCCAACACCAUCCUGCUGCCCUCCAACUCGGGAGACAUCAGCAACAUGGUCACUCAGGCCAUGUCUAUUUAUGGAACCCUGGCCAAGCAGAACCCGAUGAAGGUGGAGAGCGCGUCUUCAGCGAACCCAAACUCGGCAGCGGAGGGAUCCGCACCCCAGCAGUGAAGAACGUCCGGACGACUCGCGAGAAGAACAAGCCUCCCGGAACCCUGAGAAGCAGAACCUCUAAAUGCGGGUUCCCGUCUUUAGAACGUUACGGCUCAAAGAACAUUACCAGCUGCAGCGAGCUGGACGAUGACGCGGAGGGACUCGCCUUGAUCAGCUUUCGGCCCAAGAUUAGGAUCUCAUGAUCAUCGUCAAUACCUAGAAGGCCUACACAUCGCAGUCCGUUUACAGAGACACCAGUGUGGGUCAUUCAUACAGUCGGAUGUCACUUUUAAGUGUGUUUCUCAGUUCUUAACCAUUGUACCAUUUCAGUUGAAAAGGGUAUAAACUGUCAGGGACAUGUAGUGUUGUGUAUCUUCUCUGCAGACUUUGAGUUACGAUUUUCUGUCCUCUACCAUGUUUUCUGUAUUCACUCUGUACUCAUAAAUUAUAGACUUUUAUGUACUUGAGGUUUUGAAUGCCGACUCCAUCCCUCCCUUGGACACAAAUAAUGUUAUUUAUGUACUUAAAUAACUAAGAACUGUCAUUGGUUGGGGAGGAGAGAUUGGUAUGGUCUCAGAUGCAUAAUGAGUUCACAGAGCACUUACGAUCACCUCAGAGCUGUGGGAAGUGUGGAAUUAUUUUUUCAUUAUUGGACAAUGUAUUGUUUAACACAAUAGAAACCCAGUAUCCAGCACCAUUGACGAACCAUGAAACACUUGAUGACGAUAUCACAGAUAUAGCCAAUUUAAGAAAUUGGAACUAAGGGAUAGUUGAUGGCAAGCUGUCAAUAAAUAUUGUUCAAGCAAAAAGCA